AUGGCGGAGUGGGCUCUGCUGGAUCCAGGCCAAAAAGCUCUUUACAAAGAAGUCAUGCUGGAGAGCUAUGAGAGCUUGGCUUUUCUGGCAGCAGAUAUAGAAGAGACAACUGUGGAAUUCCAGGGGUUCUCUUUGGAAAAAGUCAAGACUCAAAAUGCUGAAGAAAACUAUGGAGAUGGACCACAGAGGCAAGAGGAAAACCCCACAGGAGAUAAUCAGAGUAAUGAGGAGGAUGAGGAACCGCAUCAGGUAUUGCCUGAUGAAGUCAAGAAGGAAGUUGUGAGAAGAAAUGUCAGGAUUCAAGGCAGACUGAGGAAGAAGAAAAUCAGUCACAGGGUGAAGAAGAGGGAUAAAUCCAUUCCUUGCCAAAGUGGGGAUUUCCAAGAAGUUAUUCACCUGUUGGAGGAAUCAUACAAGUGCUUGGAGUGUGGAAUGAACUUCUCAGAUCAAACCCAAUAUAUUGUCCAUUUGGGAAUGCACGGUGGAAAGAAGACCCAUCAGUGUCUGGACUGUGGAAAGGCCAUGAUUACCAGAGCAGAGUUCCUUAGACAUCUAAGAACACAUACAGGAGAGGAACCUUCUAUCUGCUCAGACUGUUCUAAAAGCUUCUCAGAGAAACCAGACCUUGCUCAACGUCAAAGAAUUCCUACAAGAGAGAAGCCUUUAAUCUAUUCCAAGAGUGGAGUGCUGUUCUUGAAUGGAAAAGAGAGUAAUAUGCAUGUUUCAAAGCACAGUAUAAUGAACACACGCCAAUGCUUUCAGUGCGGAAAGUACUUCAGAUACAAAUCACAGUUCCUUGUACACCAAAGGACCCACAGAGUUGGGAAACCUUUUGAAUGCUCACAGUGUGGAAAGACAUUUAAUGAGAAUUUCCUUCUUACACAACAUCAAAAAGCCCACAGAGGGGAAAUGUUUUUAGAGUGCUCAGAGUUUGGGAGGAGAUUCAGUAGGUGUGGCACUUUUAAACAACAUCAAAGAAUCCAUAAAGGGGAGAAGACUUUUGAAUGCUCACAGUGUGGGAAGAGCUUCAGUCGGAGUGACCAUCUUCAGCUACAUCUAAGAACGCACACAGGGGAGAAGCCUUUUGAAUGCUCAGAGUGCGGAAAGAGAUUCAGUCGGAGUGGCCAUCUUCAACAGCAUCAAAGAACCCACACAGGGGAGAAGCCUUUUGAAUGCUCAGGGUGUGGGAAGAGAUUCAGUCGGAGUGGCAGUCUUCAACAGCAUCAAAUAACGCACACAGGGGAGAAGCCUUUUGAAUGCUUAGAGUGUGGGAAGAGUUUCAGUCGGAGUGGGACUCUUCAAAGUCAUCUCAGAACCCACACAGGGGAUAAGCCUUUUGAAUGCUCAGAGUGUGGGAAGAGAUUCAAUCACAGUAUAACUCUUCAACAGCAUCAAAGAACCCAUAUGGGGGAAAAGCCUUUUGAAUGCUCAGGGUGUGGGAAGCGAUUCAGUCAGAGUGGCCAUCUUCAAAGUCAUCUCAGAACGCACACAGGGGAGAAGCCUUUUGAAUGCUCAGAGUGUGGGAAGAGAUUCAGUCAGAGUGGCCAUCUUCAAAGUCAUCUCAGAACGCACACAGGGGAGAAGCCUUUUGAAUGCUCAAAGUGUGGGAAGAGAUUCAAAUACAGUGGCAGUCUUCAACAGCAUCAAAGAACCCACACAGGGGAGAAGGCUUUUCAGUGCUCAGAGUGUGGGAAGAGAUUCAGUCAGAGUGGGACUCUUCAAAGUCAUCUCAGAAUCCACACAGAGAAGCCCUUUGAAUGCACAGAGUGUGGAAAUAAAUUCAGGCAGAGUGGAGAACUUCAACACCAUCAAAGAACACACAUAGGGGAGAAGGCUUUUGAAUGCUCAGAGUGUGGAAAGAGUUUCAGUCACAGUAGCCAUCUUCAACGUCAUAUCAUAACCCACACAGGGGUGAAGCCUUUUGAAUGCUUAGAGUGUGGGAAGAGAUUC